UAACCAUCAGUAAUUCUUUCAUGCACGUCACAAAAAUCCCUGAUUAUGUAAUUACUAUAAACUGUACUAAUUUCAGGGAUAUAAGCUUCAACAAGUUGACAGGCCAAGUUCCAGCAAAUUUUGGAGGAAUGAUGGCACUGCAAUAUUUGUACCUGACUGACAAUAUGCUGACAGGAGAUUUGCCUGCUUGGAUGUUGAAAAACAAGGCAAGCAAUAAAGUAAACAUGGAUAUAUCAUAUAAUAACUUCACGGGUAACCCUCCUUCUGAGUGUCAGCAAGCAAAUGUAAAUAUGGUGUCAAGUUUUUCAUCUUCAAAUGACAAUUCUCAUGUUUAAGAAAGAAUCUUCCUUGCAUGGGCAAAUCACACUGUAAGUUUACUUACACAG